AUGGCUACUGGUAUGCUCGAAGUGAUUGUUGUCGAGGGACGUGGUUUAAAAGAUAAAGAUACUGUGGGCCAAAGUGAUCCUUUUGUUGAAGUUUAUGUUAAAAAACAUUCUAAACAACGCACACCAUCACUCCAAAAUACACAUGAUCCAGUAUGGAAUGAACGACUUGUAUUCAAUAUACAUCCAGAUGAUGAUACGAUUCAUUUUGAUGUUUAUGAUGCUGAUGUUAACGAUAAAGAUUUAAUUGGACAGGCUAAAGUGAAACUUAGUAAGGUAUUUGAUGAUGGAAAAUUCGAUGAAUGGAUCAAGUUGUCUGCUCAUUUCGGUUUAUCUAUUCAUGGAGAAAUUCAUAUAAUCAUGAAUUUUACAGUGAGUAAUUUUUGA